AUGUUUGGUGGAACUGAAGACAGCAAACUCCCGCGCUGGGGAAGCUGGAUUAGCAGUGUCCAGGAAAUUUUAGCAAAACAACUACAAGAAAACCUACCUUUCUUUAUACUUGCGACCUUGUUGAUUUACAAAGCAACCUCUUGUAUAUGGUACUAUGUGGGGGGUUUUGGAAUCAAGGAAAGCUCUCGGAUGCUGCGUAAUCGCAUAGGCAGGCCAAUAUUCAAAAUAAUAACUUCUUCCUUCAUUCUCAAGUCGUCCGUCGACAAAGAAGUGGAGAAAUCACUUAGAGCUGUGGAGAGCAGCUUGAUGAAGGAUGACGCACGAUUAAAAAAUUUCGACCAACUUCCUACAGAUGGUCUUCAAGAUCAGACGGUACUCGAGGAGCUAGACCUCUCCCAAAAGGUUCUUGCACAUUCUGACUGGGAAGGUGGAAAAGUGUCAGGCGCAGUUUAUCAUGGCGGUCAAGAAUUAAUCCAUUUACAAAGCCAAGCUUUCGAAAAAUGUUGUGUCGCAAACCAACUUCACCCAGACGUGUUUCCUGCGGUUAGGAAAAUGGAGUCAGAAGUAGUGUCAAUGAUUCUAAAGAUGUUCCAUGCUCCUGAAGUUACAGGGUGUGGUACAACAACAUCAGGCGGCACGGAAUCCCUUCUGUUAGCGUGCCUGAGCGCCAAAAUGUUCGCGCUACGGCAGAAGUCUAUUUCAAAGCCCGAAAUUAUUGUUCCCGUAACUGCGCACGCGGCGUUCAAUAAGGCUGCAUACUAUUUUGGACUGAAGCUGCGGCAUGCCCCUCUCGAUCCGAAGACUUUCAAAGUCGAUUUGAAGAGAGUCCGGAGGUUAAUCAACUCCAACACUGUCCUUAUUGUGGGCUCUGCACCAAACUUUCCCCAUGGCAUAGUUGAUGAUAUCGAGGGAUUAGGCCAACUUGCAGAGCGGUACAAAAUUCCGCUGCAUGUUGAUUGCUGCCUAGGCUCAUUUGUCAUUGCAUUCAUGGAGAAAGCAGGCUAUAGAGACAUCCCUGCAUUCGACUUUAGAGUGCCAGGUGUAACUUCGAUUUCAUGCGACACGCAUAAGUAUGGGUUUGCUCCUAAGGGGUCCUCUGUUAUCAUGUACAGGAACAGGGAACUUCGGAUGAACCAGUACUACCUUCUGUCUGAUUGGGUCGGUGGCUUGUAUGGCUCGCCAACGCUAGCCGGUAGUCGACCUGGUGCACUUGUUGUUGGUUGUUGGGCAACAAUGCUCCGCAUGGGUGAAAAAGGCUACAUAAAUUCAUGCAAGGAAAUAGUCAGCACAGCACGGGAGCUUAAGAAGUUCAUCCAUGAGGAAAUUCCUGAGCUUUGCAUUAUUGGAGACCCCCUUUGCUCUGUGGUGGCAUUCACGUCUGACCAAAUUGAUGUUCAUGAGCUGUCAGACAAGUUGGCAAAGCAGGGCUGGCACUUAAGCGCCCUUCAAAAUCCACCAGCCCUUCACCUCGCAGUAACAUGGCUGACUAGACCCGCAUUGCCAGAGCUAAUGCGCACCCUACAAGAGGUUGUGAAAGAAUUAAGCUCUGAACCUAACAAGAAGCCAUCAUCAGAUGGUACCAGUGCACUGUACGGUGUCGCAGGCAGCGUAAAAACUAGUGGCGUUGUAGACCGACUGCUAGUUGGGUUCCUGGACACCCUUUACAAAACUAAGCGCGACUAUUGA